CAUGAACUGCAAUAAGGGGAGGAUUUGUCUCCCCUCGGGCGAUUUGCAUGCACGCUCAUGGAGCCGAAUCCGGCAAGGCGGUUUAGGUCCGGGCACAGCUACGUGGCGGAGAUCUGCACAUGGCGUAUCCUGCUGCUUUUCUUGGUCUCUGCAGGCUGCAGCCUGCUGGUGGGAUUCCGCGCGGAGCGGGAUCCGGAGCUGCAAAAGCUCUUCGAGGUUUGCGAGGGCCGAAGGCGCUGCCACUCAAAUCCCUGGCAAGCCCUGCUGGUGGGGAAUGUUCUUCUGGUGGCGACAGCCAUGAUGAUGAACGGGUACCGCAGCUACUACGUCUUUCUGGCCGCCGUGACCUUUUUUGGGGUCACAGGGGUUAUUUCAACGCAGCAGGCGUUAGCUGGCUUCUCCAGCCCUGGCAACAUUGCCUUCCAGGCUGUUCUGGUUCUGGUGGGCGGCAUUAGGGACUCGGGUGUGCUUGACCACAUGUUCUCCCGCCUUCUUGGACCUCCCUCGAGGCAGGCCAAGGCCUUCCUGCGUGUGCAGCUAGUGACUGCAUUCUUGGGCGCCUUCGUUCAGCAGACGAUGGUGGUAGUGGCGGCGGCCCCGGCGCUGCAGCGCUGGGCGCCCCAAGCUAAGGUGAGCACCCGAGAGCUUCUGCUGCCCAUCACCCAUGUGGCAGCUAUGGCGCAGAACCUCAUGGUGGUCACCUCCACGGUGGCACUGACCAUUUACCAGACGAUGCCCGAGGCGCAGAUGCAUAUGUUGGACCCUGCGCUGGGGUGCAUGGCUUUGACGGCCCUGACCUGCGCCUACAACCUGCUGGCCACGCCGCUGCUUGGCCACACUACAUUGCAGCGCCGGAGCAGCCGCGAGCACAUGAAGCAUCAGUGCCAAAACCGGUACUCUCUCACCUUCGAGGUUGCCAAGGGCUCCUUCCUGAUCAACUCCACAGUUACCCAAGCUGGGCUGCUCUCGGUGGCCGGAGCUGUGCUGAUCGACACGGACUUCCCCACAACCCAGCCCAUGGCGGCGGGCAAUCGCUUGACUUUUGCAGCCACGGCGGCAGGGGUGGCCCGGAUUCGCAACGGCAGCCCCGGGCUAGUGCUUGAAGGAGACCCAUUGGCAGUGCUUGGGGCGCAGCGCCACAAGAGGCGACUCUUCGAGGUGGGCAUCUCUCCUGGAUCAUCUCUGGUGGGCUGCAAGCCCCCCAUUUGCUUGAACCAGGGCAGCUUGCUGGCUGCUCGCCGCCCGCAAGCCCAGAGCUUGGUGAGCCCGAUGCCCACGCGGCGCCCCUACAGAGGCUCGCCCGAUACAGAGUCCGUGGUGGUCGACACCGCUGAACUGGGAGAGUUCAGCGGCGCGCUCGCAGCUGGCGACAUUCUGCUCGUCGAGGCUUUCCUGGAGUUUGCGGACCUGCCAGAGGUGGAGAACGACUUCAGCUUCGUGGCCCUGGUGCCGGAGUCAGCGCCGCCGCGGCACGGCAGACCGGUGGACCAGCACCGUGGGUGGCUGGCUCUGCUGUUGCUGUUCCUGGUCAUUCUUUUCUCUGUUGCGAACGUGUGUGACCUCGUCUUUCUGGGCUUGGCCGCGGUGGGCUGCUGCAUCAUGCUUAACAUUGUGCACCGGGAAUCUGUGCUGCAGCGAUUGGACUUAUCGAUCUUCCUCACCAUCGCGGGAGGUCUCGGCGUGGGCCAGGCCAUCAAAGCCAGCGGCCUGGCCAACGCUUGGGCCCAGCUGGUGGUGGCUGCUGGCAAGCGCGUGGCAUUUGGGCAUCCCAUAGGGAUUCUCUUGGCGCUAUCUUUCAUCAGCUCAGUGCUGGCGAACCUCAUGUCCCAUACUGCCACCGCAGCCCUGAUGGCACCCAUCGCCAUGAAAGUGUGCAUGGCAGAGUCCAUGAACGUCAAAGCAGCAGCAAUGGUGCUGACAUUCUCUGCCAAUGCUUCGUUCACAACACCGUUUGCUAGCGCAGCAAACAUUAUGAUCAAGGGCAUGGGACCUUACGAGGCCGCCGACUUCGUAAGGUAUGGCAUCCCAUUGCAGGUGCUGUGCUUGUUUGCAAUCCCAUCGCUUUGUGCUUGGCAGUUUGGAGUGAGUGCGCCCCCAGAGAUUUGAGACCAAACCGGUGACAGGUCUGGGGGUCACAGAUGAUCUUGUUUAGGAUUUCGAUAAGUUAAAGUUAGGUCUUGGAAUUUUUAGACUGGGUCAGCACGCCUGCUUUGGCAGUUCGUUCCAUGAAUCGUUCCCAGAGCAAGCUGACGCAUGGGACUUUGGUUUGAUUCUUGAAUGGGGACAAGCUCUUUGAGCAGGAUUGUCACGUAUCUGAGCAUGUGACACGGGCAUUAGGGCCUCUGUUUCGACAUAUUUUUUUAAAGCUGUGUUCCCACGUGAAAAGCGGCCCUGCUGGUGCCAAUCAGCGCGAACAAGGCAGUGUACACUUUCGGAGCUUGGGCGCUGGCCAGAGGCCAUGCCCGUGAGGAAAAAGGCAGAGCGAGGCAAGCAAGACACCCACAUACCCGCAUGCGAAGCUGCUAAGCCUUGCCUCUUGCAGCUUCAUGGCAGACCAGGCAGCCCUUCAUUCUGGUGCCCGAAUGCAACAGCUGCCCAUCUCAUUUCCGUCAGUUCAAUGCAAGUUCGGUGCCGCCCCC